AUGUUAAAAUCACUGGGAACUCGGAUAUCUCCGACGUACGAGCGUUCCGAACAACUGGGAACUCGGGAGAAAAGAAACGAGCUCCGAGACCGAUGUCUGUCAGUGUCUGUCCCGGCUCCAGCGGUGGAGCAGGGAAGGAGUUGUGUGUUCCUGACCAGUUCCCGUAACUCCAAGAAAAUGGAGGCGGGUCGCGUUAACGGGACAAUCCAGUACUGUGCCCACACUAACUGCUGUGUCGGCUUCUUCCGUAUUAUCGAGGGCCAGCCAGUGGCAGAACUACAAGGUUGCAAAAUGGUAGUCGGUGGCUGCCUAGAUCCUGCCUGCUUUACAUCAACCACCCAUGUAGACUACAUCAGAUGUGAGUGCAGCUCAAACCUGUGUAAUGGCAACAUCACCUGGAACGCAGAAGAGAAGCAACCUCAACUCAAACACUCAUCUUACUCUGCAGGCAUUACGAAUGCAGAUUUCACCUACUGCACAUUAAAAGCAUGUACUUUAUUCUGUUCCUGUACUGUGUCUGCAGACAUGGUCACGGUCACUGUGGUUGUCCUUGGGAUGUUACUGUGUACCCUCGUUGUGGCAGUUAAAUGCAGACAUCGUUUCAGAGGUUACGAUGACAAGCAGCAUCUAUCUUUACCAGAGGAAUCUCUGACCUCACUGUGCUCAUGCCACAUAUCAAAGCAGUCUGAUAUGGACCUGACCAGCAUGGAACUACAGCAGAUUGUUGGUAGUGGUCACUUUGCGUCGGUGUGGCAGGGAAGUUACCAAGGGACCACGGUGGCUGUGAAGGUGUUCCCUACCUGGUGCAGACAGGAGUUCACAGCGGAGAGGGAAGUGUACGGACUACCACAUCUGGUGCAUUCUGGGAUUGCUCACUUCCUGGGAGCUGGCAGGAAGUCAGAUAGYGGAGACUGUGUCCUGCUCCUGGAGCUAGCCACAUGUGGCUCUCUCAGCUCCUUCCUGUCCAAGAACAACAGUGACUGGACGACAACACUGAAGCUGGCCCAGUCUCUGUCUGAGGGACUGGCUUACCUCCAUUCUGACUUCUACAGGCAUGGGGUGCACAAGCCAGCGGUGGCCCAUAGGGAUCUCAGUAGUAACAACGUGCUUGUGAGGGACGACGGUACCUGUGUCCUGUGUGACUUUGGCUCUUCCACCAUCCUGCGCUCAUGCGCCGGUCCACACGGCUGGCAGCGCUACAUGGUUAACGUACAGGGCCAGGUGGGGACGUUGUGCUAUAUGGCCCCUGAGCUACUGGAUGGCUGUGUGAACCUGAGCAGUGGCUGGUGUCUCAUACAGGGAGACGUCUACUCCUUAGGAACGCUGCUUUGGGAGCUACUGAUGCGCUGCUCAGACCUUUUCAUAGGCUGCCCAGUGCCAGAACACAGACUGCCUUAUGAAGAGGAGCUAGGGGCCAGUCCUUCUUUAGAGCAGCUCAUAGUUCAUGUAUCAGAGAGAAGGGAACGUCCUUCAGUACCCAAACACUGGCAACAGGGCUUGCAUGACAUUCUGUUGGACAGUUGGGACCAUGACUCAGAUGCCAGACUGACAGCCCAGUGUGCCAGGGACAGACUAGUGUCUCUAGCCCCCUGCUGCUCUAUAUGAUAUAUAUAUAUAUAUAUAAUAUUAUGGGAUGUGUAAUUAUUCCUUAGUCUAGGACCAGACUGACAGCUCAGUGUGCCAGUCUCUACUCUCAUGUUGACGUGUGUGUGGUAUUCUAUUGCAUUAUAUUCUAUACUAUUCUAUAAUAUUCUCUAUAC